UGCUGCGGUUGACCCCAGGCGGCAUCUUAUAGCUGCGCGUUCGACGCGCUGCGCAUUCGGUGACGAGAAUGAAUUCAAGAACACAUAGGUAGGACAAUGGGUGUGUAAACGAAACUGGGGAAUCACUUCUUGGUACACGUACUAGAUUUGUUAGAUCGGGUCAAAUAAGAUGUCGAGCCGGACCAGACCUGGCUACUGUCGCCAGGACGUGAACAAAACCACCUGGGAGGUACCGGAGCGGUACAGGGAUCUAAAACAGGUGGGGACAGGGGCGUACGGUACAGUCUGCUCUGCGGUGGACUUCAGGACAGGCACCAAGGUGGCCAUCAAGAAGCUCCACAGGCCCUUCCAGUCUGAGCUCUUUGCUAAGAGGGCCUAUCGGGAGCUGAGGCUGCUCAAACACAUGAAACAUGAAAAUGUGAUUGGCCUUGUGGAUGUAUUCACUGCUGACCUCUCCUUAGACAGAUUCCAUGAUUUCUAUCUGGUGAUGCCUUUCAUGGGAACCGAUCUGGGGAAGUUGAUGAAGUUACAGCAGCUCUCAGAGGACAAAGUACAGUUCCUGGUCUAUCAGAUGCUGAAAGGACUCAAGUAUAUCCAUUCUGCUGGCAUAAUUCAUAGGGACCUCAAACCAGGGAAUCUGGCCGUUAAUCAGGAAUGUGAGCUCAAGAUCCUGGACUUUGGGUUGGCGCGGCAGGCGGACAGUGAGAUGACAGGCUACGUGGUGACCCGCUGGUACAGAGCCCCUGAGGUUAUCCUCAGCUGGAUGCACUACACCCAGACUGUGGACAUCUGGUCUGUGGGCUGCAUCAUGGCAGAGAUGCUGUCAGGGAAACCACUGUUCAAAGGCAAUGACCACCUGGAUCAGCUGACUGAGAUCAUGAAGGUCACAGGGACACCCACUCAGGAGUUCAUCACCAAACUGCAGUCUCAGGAUGCUAAAAACUAUGUCAAAAGCCUUCCCAAAGUGCAAAAGAAAGACCUUCAGGCACUCUUUUCCACAGUCAACCCACAGGCGGUGACAGUUAUAGAGCGCAUGCUGCUGCUGGACCCAGAGAGCAGGGUGACGGCAACGGAAGCCCUCGCCCUGCCAUACUUCUCAGAGUUCAGGGAGCCAGAAGAGGAGACCGAGGCCCAGCCAUACGACCACUCUGUAGACAACUCUGACCUGCCUCUGGAGCAGUGGAAACGUCACACGUUCACAGAGAUCCUGUCUUUCCAGCCCAUAGUGGUGGAGUCCAGGGAAACCGCACUGUAAGAUGAAGCGUCACACAAGGGACCCCCCCCACACACACAAUUUUUACAUGUGUGUCAUCCUCUGUUCAAUCAUCAUUCUCAGUCCAUUGUGUGUGUGUGUGGGGGGGGGUCCUCCUCUUGUGUGUAGUUUUUCAGCCAUUUUGACACCAAUGUGUAGUUGCCUCCUGUAUAAAGCCCAUAUUCAACUGAAAUUCUAGGAUGUUUCCUUGUGUGUGUGUGUAGCUGUGUAGUCUAAACAUUUGUCUGUAACCACUACUGAUCUUUCCUAAACCUUGUAAUUCCCUCUUAUUGCCUUAAUGGAAGAACAAUAGCAUACAGCCAAACAACAUCUGAAAACCAUUUACUAAAGUGUAAGCACAGAAGCAGUUUUCUGCCAAGGAAUGCACACACAUAAAAAUCAUUGGUAGCUUGUAAAAUGUUGCGCAAAAAAAUACAUUUGUUUAUUUGCCAUUUACUGUAAUUUUUCCUUACACUGGUUGUAUUUUUUAUUAAACCCAGUUGUUCAAAAAAAAAAAUCCCAGAUAUGCCACUAUGCAAAUAUCAUGCCAUUAGGCUACUUACUUAUAUGUAAUCAAUAUAGCAUUUUUUAUUUUUUAGAUGUAUGUAAAAAAUAUUAUAUAUGUUUUAUGAUGGGAACAUGCAGUGAAUGCUCUGCCUGUAAUAAAACAAGGCAACAGUAAA